AAUCAACAUCAACACCUUGGACAAACCCACCAGUCUGGCCGGUCACCGAUAUAUCAGACAAGAGUGAAAGAGAUGCUCAAGUCGACAUACAAAGGCUCGGCCAAUGCUGCCAAUCCGCCGCCACUCCCCCCAGGAUGGACUGAACAUAUGGCACCCACAGGCCACAAAUACUAUUACCACGCCGAAUCGAAACAGUCGACCUACACGAGACCAGGCCUUCCCGUUCCUGCCCCGACCCCGCCACAAGAUGCCUCUGCAAGCUUCUACCAGUACUCUGCCGUGCCGAACCUAUCGGAUCCGCGUGUCGCCAAUGCCUAUCUCGCCCAGUUGAACGCACAGAACCGACCCGCGCAAGGAUCCCAUAGGGGAGGCCGCGGUGGCGGCGAUUCUCGUCCUCGCCCGCAGCCCGUGGAUAAACCGCGAUCCAAGGUUGCGAUACCGGGGUGCGAGCCUUGGAUUCUGGUCUACACCAGGUGUGACCGACGGUUCGUGUACAACCCGGUGAAGAAUACUAGCUACUGGCGAAUACCCGAGAAGCUCAUGGCGGGCAUCUUGGAAUUGGAUAAAGCGAGAUUACGGGAAAAGGCCAUGUCGGAAGGGCCAGAUCAGAAGGAGAAUGACAAGAACAAGGAGAAGGAGAAGGAGAAGGGUGAAGAUACAGCUGCGGCAGCGUCCGAAUCGGGCAGCAGGUUGCAGAGCCUGGGCCUAGAAGAAGCCGACCGCGAUCAAGCCGAUGACAGUUCCGAGUAUGAAGAAGUCGAGGUGACGGAUGACGAGGCGGACGGCGACGAGGCCCGUGAGGACGACAACAACGAUGACGAGCACCCCUCCAAACGACAACGAACCGAAGAACCCGUCGAGUUUAGCGAGGCCGAUAUUGCCUUUCAACUACAAGCCAUGGGCGAGCAGUACGGCCUAGACCCAGGCGAAUACGACGACGGAAACAGGGACGAAUGGCCCGAAGGCGCAGAGGGCGUACGGUUCUCCGAGGAAGACGCGCGGGCCUUGUUCAGGGACCUUCUGGACGACUUCAACAUCAACCCUUACAACGCCUGGGAGAAGCUGAUCGAGGACGGCCGCAUCAUCGACGACCCGCGCUACACCGUCCUCAACACCAUGAAGGCGCGCAAGGAGGUCUGGCAGGAUUGGUCCAAGGACAAGAUCAAGGAGAUCAGAGAGCGGCGCGCCAAGGAGGAGAAGAAGGACCCGCGCCUCGCCUACAUGGCCCUGCUCCACGAGAAGGCCUCCCCCAAGCUCUUCUGGGCCGAGUUCAAGCGGAGGUACCGGAAAGAACCCGCCAUCGCGGACCCGCACCUCAAGGACAAGGAUAGGGAGAAGUGGUACCGCGAACACGUCAACCGCCUCAAGAUGCCCCAGGCGACGCUCAAGGCCGAUCUGGCUGCGCUCUUGAAGUCCUUGCCGCCGUCGCUGCUGAACAACAAGACUAGGCUCGACCAGCUCCCGACGCAGCUGCUCGUGGACAUGCGGUACAUUUCCCUCCCGGCCGCCGUCAGGGACCCGUUGAUCGAGACGUACAUACGAACCCUCGGUCCUCCUCCUGAUGGGGCCGGUGGUGGUGGUGCUGGCGGUGAGGAAGAAGACGAGGCCUCUCGGAAAGCACGGGAAGCCAAGGAGCGGCGAGAAAGGGCGCUGAGAGAACACGAAAGGAAUGUGGCGGAGCAGAAGAAACGACAACAGCGGAGUCUCGAGAUGGGGCGAGCGAGAUUACGAGAGGAACAGAGGGAAAUUGAACGGGCGAUGCAGGUGGGCAAGGAAGGGUUGCAGUCCCCACUGGCGGCACUGCGGGAAAAGGAAAAGGAAAAGGAAAGGGAUCUAGAAGGCGGCGCAUCCUAAUAGCAGUCAAAAAAGUUGACGCGACGAGAUGCAACCUUGUAAUUAAUUAUGCAAUCUCAAAAUACCCAGGUGUUGACUGAUUCCAUACGCCUGCCUACUCUUCAGCAAAAAGCCGGUCCGUCUGCU